GCAGGUUUCCUUAAACCCUGAGUUUCUGUGUGUGUCUGUCCCUCCUGCUGCGAUUGAAGAAGCUUCUGACACGGUGCGUCAUUUCCUCAUUCAUACCGUCUGUAUCAAAGUGCAGAUCGGAGCGGAUUCUUUUAAUAGAUUUACAUUGGGAGACGUUAGCUUGUCGCCCAAAGACCUGUCUUUACGAACAUUAACCUCUUUUACGAUCUUUGACAUUCAAAUAUUACACAUGGAAGCUUCAUCUUCAGCUCAGAUUAAAAUCUCUGUUGGCAUUAAGACACCUGUCAGAUUGUCAAUCAGUUCCCUCUGCACUGAAACAUUUAUUUUACAUUCAUCACUGUAAAUAAAAAAAAAAACAAUCUGUGUGAAGCUAUGAGUAAUCAUGUUCUGAUUGGUUGCGCAGAUGAACAGUCCUAUCGUAGCUGUCAUAUCAGAUUGUAGAUGAUGUGAUAUGUCUGAGUAAGGAUGACACUGCAGCUGUAAAAAUAAAUAUAUAACUGAUCUCCUUUUUCCAGAUGAUUAAGAAAAUGAUUAUUUUGUAUUGGCCAUGCAAUUGUGAUUUUUUUUUUUUUUUUGGAUAAAAAAGUUUUUAGUUUAUUUUAUGUUUUUCGUUUCCCAACUUUUCAGAUUCUGAAAUACUGUUUGUCUCAAUUUAAACAUGUUCGAAUAAAUUGUUAACGUGAUAAUUGUCUCAGUUGUUUGAGAUUUCUUUCUCCUGUACAGAUUUUUUACAGCCUUUACAAUAAAGAUGACGUUUCACAUCGUGAAUUUGAUGCGUGAAGGUCCAUGACCAAAUUGUUGCAUCUCUAAUAAACUGUGCCAAAAGGUUUUGGGAAUAAAAUCUUUAGAGGUAUAAAAGUUGAAUUUCUUUCUUAACUUCAGGAAAAACAAGAGAAAAAAAAAGAAAAAAAGAUUACAAAGUGAAAAACAAAUCCCAAAUACAAUUUGCAUGUGUAUCUUUUUCUUUGCCACUCAUUUAUAAUAAAUCCUCAAAACAAAAAUGUUGUAAAAAUCUACUUCACAUCUAUAUUUAAACAAUUAAUCAACUGCACUAGUGGAUAAUUAUCUCUGAUUAAAUGUGAUGUAGCAUUUCCUCAUACUAGGUGUCAGUCUUGUUUGGGAAACAGAGAGAGAGAGAGAGAGAGAGAGAGAGAGAGAGAGAGGAAAGGUGUGUGUGUCAUUGUCUCUGUUUAUUUAGUGUUUGUUUGUUGAGAGAUCAUGCUGCUCUUUCUGUUGCUGUUGCUGGUCUGUAGCUCCCAGGCAACUCAUUUCUUUGGGACAGUGAUGACCUACAACCCAAAAGGGACAAGCAGGGAUGGACGUCUCACGGUGGUCAUUCGCUAUAAGCUGAACUUUCACUUGUGCAGUGAUUCUGACACAUGGUCAUGCAUCACUGAGGGACAGUGUGGGACUCAGAGCGCUGUAGAGUUGAACAGGGUCGACGAGGACAGGAGUGGAGAGUGGUGUCAGAGGGAGGGGAUCAUGACUCGACAGGUUUCCAGCAGCGCUUCUUUUCAGCUUCUGUUGGAUGGCCGUAACUGGAUAAAUAACAUUGUAAACGGCAUCAGAUCAUGGAGGGCUGUGACUCUGGUCGAACUGAGGAACCGAUCAGACACCGGCCGAGCCAACAGAUCACCACAAACCACCAUUCUGCCGGCUCUGAGAGUUCCUUCAAACUGUCGGCGAGAUUUCAAUCUGUUGGCAUUUGACCCUGACGAAGACGAGAUCAAAUGCAGAUACGGAGACAGAUUGCUGUUUGAGUGUAACCCCUGCACACCACCGUCUGUUCUCCGCCUCUCAUCAUCGUGUUCUCUGUCAUUCAGCCCCACCAGUAGCAGUGAUGAAGGUGCGUACGCAGUCCAGCUGGUGAUGGAGGACUUCCCCAGACAGACUAUCACCUUGAAUCAAAUCAGCAGUUCGCGGGAGGUGAAAACUCCCAACGACACAAUCAGCAAAAUACCUGUCCAGUUUGUUGUAAGGGUGGAUCCUGUGGUGAGGUCCUGCACAGAGGGACUGUACCUGCCCAGGUUCCUGCCUCCAACCCCAGCCAACAGAGCUCAGCUGUACACCCCUGUCAAUCAGUCCCUGGACAUCAGCAUCAAAGCAGAGGCAAAUAUCUCCAGGAUCUCUGAGCUGCAGUUCAGCGGGCCGUACAACAUAAACCAGACUAGAUCGGGACCAGGACAGUUCACGUUGAGCUGGACGCCGUCUGAGAGUGAAGAUGGAGAGAGCAGCCCCAUCUGCUUCGUUGUCCAAGCAGUUUACAAUUCAACCAAGUAUCACUCGGAGCUGCGAUGUGUCAUUGUCAGAGUUGGAAACGAUUCAACGAUUCAUCCUACAACCACACCAGGAACCACACUGUUAACUACACCAGGAAUCACACCAGAAACCACACUGGAAACUACACCAGGAAUCACACCAGAAACCUCACUGGAAACUACACCAGGAAUCACACCAGAAACCACACUGGAAACUACACCAGGAAUCACACCAGAAACCUCACUGGAAACUACACCAGGAAUCACACUGUUAACUACACCAGGAAUCACACCAGAAACUUCACUGUUAACUACACCAGGAAUCACACCAGGAAUCACACUGUUAACUACACCAGGAAUCACACCAGAAACCUCACUGGAAACUACACCAGGAAUCACACUGGAAACUACACCUGAAACUACACCAGGAAUCACACCGUUAACUACACCAGGAAUCACACCAGAAACCUCACUGGAAACUACACCAGGAAUCACACCGUUAACUACACCAGGAAUCACACCAGAAACCUCACUGGAAACUACACCAGGAAUCACACCAGGAAUCACACCAGAAACCUCACCAGGAACUACACCAGAAAUUACACCAGAAAUUACACCAGGAAUCACACCAGGAACCACACUGGAAACUACACCAGGAAUCACACCGUUAACUACACCAGGAAUCACACCAGAAACCUCACUGGAAACUACACCAGGAAUCACACUGGAAACUACACCUGAAACUACACCAGGAACUACACCAGGAAUCACACUGGAAACUACACCAGCAUCCCAGCAAAUUGUUGCACGUCUGACGGUGAGGAUCGCCUCUCUGUUCCCGCUGUCUGAGAACGACAUCAGGAAUACCAUCACACAGCUUAAAGGUGAACUGGUCAAACAGGGACUGCCAUUAAACAUCACUCUGUCCUAUCUGGGGACGGCGUAACUGGACAUUACAACCACCAGCGCCCCCUGCUGGUUGGACUCCUGUAGGAAAAUAAUGUUUUCAGUUGCUUGCCAGAGUGAAAACAUGAAGGUUUUGUUUAUUGAGGGGUAAUGUAUUAAAGUAAGAUCGGGAGUUUUUAUAAUUUACAGUAGUACAACCCAUUUCCCUCUUUGUGUAAUGUAAAGGUUUAGGGUGUUUUUGUCUCACAUAUCAACAUCUACCCUCAUUGAUUUUGCUGCUAUUGCCUUUAAAUUAAAUAUAUUAUAUUUUCGGGAUGUCCGUAUGUCUGUCCCAUGGCAGACAACCACGUGACGAUAAAACUCUUUUUUUUUUUUAACCCUGUUGAUUUAUGUUAUAGUUUAUUCUGUUUUAAUGUCUGCUGAAGCAUUCACGAAACAAACACGACAAAAGGAGGCGGAGCAGUUUAAAAGACAUCCGUUUUACUUCCAGUUGAAUGAGCCCCGAGCAGCAUGUCAAUAGGAAUAAUACACAGGUCACGGUUUCAAGAUAGUAACAAUAAAUAAAACAUCAGUUGGUUGUAAACUUGUUCAUCAUGAAGCCACAUGAUAUUAAACUCUUUGUUGGUUUUGCUUGCAGGGCGUGAAACUAACUGUAUAUGGGCCAACCAGCCAACAAAUAUGAAGUUGUACCACCUGAGGAAAAUUCCCCAGGAGCCAAAGUGCGCUGAGUGUGCAAAAUAUCAAGAUGAACUCUUGUCUAAAAGAUCCUUCGUUGAUACGGAUAGCUUUCCAAACUAAAAGGAGCUAAAGACAGAGUUUUAUUGGUUUAAUAUUUAUAUUAGUAUCUCAGAUAGUUUGUGUGUGUGAGGUUUUGUUGGAUUGGUUCUGCUCUAAUUGUGGAAAGGAGGCAGUGUGGUUGCAGUUCCCUCUGUUUGUCCAUAUGAGUCAAUAAAGUUACAGGUUUUUGAAUUGCCAAACAGGCUGGCAGAACCGAAGGGUAAAUAUCCGAAUGUUUGGCUGGUGGUUAAGUGUUAAUUUCAUGCCCUCUUUGUUUGUACACACAUUCCUUCCCGCUGUCAAGUAGAACAGCAAUUGGGGUGCGCUUGUUUUGUUUCAGGAAACAGCAGGCGGGUCAGUUUUGUUGGAGUUUAACUGAUGGGAUCAUUGGUAAAGAAGCAACCGUGCCAAUGAGGAUAAACCAAAACAAGCGCACCCCGUUGAUAAACAUUGAUACGAAUAAAUUUAACAAGAAAAAAAAACAGAUCAACUGCAUUUCUCAACAGAAUCAAACAAGCAAGCCAGUAACCCUGAUAGUUAACACACACCUGGACAAAAAAACGUUUACAGUUUGAAAUGCUUUUUGAGGUGUUUGACAAAUCUUGAGGUGCACUUGGUGUAAUUUGUAAGACUGAGUGAUGUGGGGUCACAGUUAUUCAGAUUUUAUUUUUUUAAAAAUGCAGAGACAGAGAACCAAAUUUUCCCUCCAUCACUUUCUAAUUUGUGACUUAAAAUGUUAAAUUCAAGGUAAGACAAAUUAAAAGACAAAACCUCGUGCAUCUAGUCAUUCUUGAAAAUAUUCACAAAAACAUUUCAAACCUUUUUUUUUGUUUUACCCAGAUCGCGAUAGAAAACAACAACAAACAAAACAACAAAAAAAAACCAAAAUGCUGAGUUCAGUAGGUUUCCCUUCAUGAGAAUUGCACAUCAUCGUUAUAAAAUAUGAACCUUCCUAUGUACAGCUAUCGAAAGCCAAUAGUGGUACCUGUAACUGCCUGUUAAGAGGUGUUUGGAGAGCGGGUACCAAUGGUUAGGAGCGACAUUUUCUACAGCCUAAUUUAAACAAUAUAAAAGCCAAUAAAUGUAAGGCCACUUUUAGCUUUUCCGAUCAAGCCUCGUCAAAGAAAACAUGAUUUCACACCACGAGCAAAUCGAUUAACAAUUCACCAGAAGCCCAAUGACUGGCCAUAAACAAGAAGAUAAAUUACCUAGCUCGUAACCUUGGCUAAACACAAUUAAAAAUAAGGUAUCUGCACUUCCAAGUGUCCCUGCCGAUGUGACUUAGGUUGCCGGCAAAGUGCAAAAUGGUCCGGUUAAUCAAAGCUGCCCAGUUCUCUAAGACUUGUUUGAAAGAUAACGGGAAAGUUGAAGAGCGUUUGCAUCCAUUGGUUGGUUUGAUGGAUUCUGUUUGACAUUUUUAACCUUCUGAUGUCUGUUACCUCCCAGCUUGACCUGAGCAGUCGGUAGAUUCUAGAUAUUCCGAUAAUGACACGAGAUAUUGUGUGUUGUUUGACUUUUGGUGGUAGUAAGGAUUAAAUUACAUUCGAGUAACGUAUCAGUCAGAGUAUCUGAUGGUUUGGAGUGAAAUGAAGAGCAUAGGGCCGAACAAUCCUAAAAUAGAAGAAUAAAAGGAAACCGGAUCGUACAAACUCAUAGAUCUCAACAUCAUAAAUAUGCCAAAAGUUAAUUCCUGAGAAAUUGAUGAAAAUGUUGAAAAAUACCCUAUGUUGAUGUGAAGGAAUGUGAUCAACGUUCUUGGAUUUGUUUCUUAAACCUGAUCGGCACCAAAUUGUAAUGUGUUCGUCACUGGCCCAUGCCGCAUCCCUCCAACAAGUUUAGUGCAAAUUGGUUCACUACUUUUUGAGUAAUCCUGCUGACAAACAAACCAACAAACCAACCAAUCAACCAACCAACCGAAAUGGGUGAAAACAUAACCUCCUUGGGGAAGGUAAUUAUUUGUUUGAAUAUCAAGCCUAAUAGAGACACAUCAUAUCAACCUUUAUUAGUUCUGAUUAAAUAUAUGUUAAAGCACCGAUGGCAAUAUCCAAAAUAUAACCAAGCCUUAAAAGUAAAGCAAUGGCGAUACACGUUUUAUUUAAAUACUGUACAAAAAACCCUGUAACAAAGCACCAUCAGAGCCUGAUGUACUAAACACGACUGUUGAGGAAAGUGAAAUAUUAGCCAAGUUGCUCGGAGUGUGAAUGCAGUAUCACGAAGCCUUAAACAAGGCUGCAGGCGUCUCAUAACCACUGACAUCUCUCCAAGUUUUCAGUUCAUUUGCUGAGAGAUUUGAGGAUAAACUCUAUUAUUCUUUGCUGUUAAACAUGUUUUAAAAUAGAGUUAAAGUGUCUUUAUCGGUAAAUAUCAGUAAUUAGAUUUUCUUAAAACAUGUGAAAGUAUAUUUAAAAAAAGAAAAGAAAAGAAAAGCCAGAUCAACUGUGAUUUAAGUCACAUGAUGUAAGAAAAAGGGCUUUUCAGAGGAAACAAGCAACUUCAUCUCCCAAAUGGCAGUUCUCCUUGUUAGAGGACCAUCUUGGUACCGAGUUAAAGUGGAUAACUCAUAUAAUCCACUGAAGAAUAUGUCAUAAUGUUCCCCUGUGUAUCUGAAACACAUUAAGCCCAGGUCAAAAAACUGAAUUCAGAAUUAACUAUAUACACAUACAGAAAAUCAGUGAUGGGUGAAGCUGCCAUUGAGUCUGAAUUCUCUCUGAUACUUUUGCAGUUAAAGUAAGAUGCAGACGUUUCAUGGUUACGUUUCUAACUGUAAAGUACAUUUACUCCAGGUGAAUGGUACUUGUACUAUGAUACACUUAAAAAAUACAGUGUUGUUAAAGAUUUUCCCAGUGGUUUGCAACCUUUUCUGGCUUUUGACCUUUUAUUUAAAGCAUCAAAUUGA